AUGGGAGGCCGUGAAUCUUCAAGUGUAGAUAUUGAAGAAGUUGUUGAUCAGCCUACCGAUCAACAGCUUCUUCAAUAUCUGCAUUGGAAGAUUCAUGACCUCCCGUAUUUCACAGAUAUAGUCUUCGACUGCAAUCUCUAUGGAGGAAUAGAGCCAUGGAAAAUCUGGCUACGUUUUGGAGGCAUCGACGGCGAACGUCUCUAUUUCUUCAUCAAACUCAAGAGGUCCACCAAUAACUCUGGACGUUUGUCAGCGCAUAUCAACCGUAAGGUCGGCUUGGCCAACGGUACAUGGAGUGGCGAGAACCUGGUCAAAUCGAUUUUUGCUACCAAGACCGAUAAACAAAUAAUCGGCUAUCGCAAGUGCUUCAGGUACGAGAAUGUCCAAUUGUCGGAGCAUCAUGGCGAAUGGAUUAUGCAUGAAGAUUCGAUACACCAAGUUGAAGAUUCGAAUUACGUUUUAUGUCGACUUAGCAAGAAUGAAAGACUUAAAAGAAAAUUAGGAAAAAAUCUUGAGUUGCAGCGACAUAGCAAGAAAAGAAUAACGAGGCCUGAAUCGACCAUUGAACAAGACACUAUGUCUGAUGUGACCAUGGAUGAAGAUAUGAGUUCAUAA